AUGUUUGCAGAGGAGUUGUGGCUUGAAAAUGAGAAAGCCUGCGCCGCCGUGGUUCACAAAUCUAAACGAGGAAGGAACCGCCAGGAGCUGCUGGCAGUGGCUUUGGGGGUGAAAAUGGGAGUCAAGGGAGCGCUCUUGUGGCAACCUCUCAAACUCUUUGCCUAUUCACAGAUCACCUCUUUGGUCCGAAGAGCGGCGUUAACGCAAAACGACAACCAUUUCAACUAUGAAAAAGCACACAAUUUUAAGGUAAGAACAUCUUGUGUGGGUUUUUUUACUCGUGUUUUUGCUUAUAUUGUCACUAGGCUCUCUCUGUGUGUCUUUUUAUCUGUAUUUCUCGCUUAGAAAGGUAACAUUGAUUGGUUUUAAGCAGUACUAAAGAACCGUUAAGAGAAUAAAACUUGUGAUACAACCAAGGGGCUUCCUGGGAGGGAGGGAAGGAAGGAAGGAAGGAAGGAAGGAAGGAAGGAAGGAAGGAACGAACAAACAAAGACAGACAGACAGACAGACAGGCUGAAUACUCAAAACAAGCUCACUGGACCUUGCUGGAAUAAAAAUGUGGGUUGUGUUCCUGAUAAAACUAUCUUAAAUCUCAUUGAAAGCAAUGGGGGUGGCAAACCAAAGUGUAUGUACAUCUAACUCAGGCUGCAAUUCUAUACGCAUUUUCCUGAGAACUCAGUGGGUCUUUUCUGACAUGUAUAGGAACCACACCAUUAAGACUUAUAAGAAAAGAGCUGGAUCUGUUACAAGUAAACAUGGGUAGAACGAGACUCAGGACAGCAGUCCUUAUGCUUUUAACCCAGCUCAAUGGAUUCACAAUACCUCUGUGGCAGUUCUCAUCAAGCUCUCUCUGAAAUGGAUAAAAAUGUGUUUGCCCUAUCUUAAAUUUUGCCUGUGAAGCUCAUUCUUAACGUUAAUCAUCCAUGUCCACCGCAAAGUUGACUACAGCAGCCCCAGCACCUAACCAGAAUGGUGUGAUGGCAUUGUCUAAUCUCUUUUGUUGUGUCAAUGUGCCAAGGGAGCAUUCUUGGAGUGAAACGUCAACAGCUGAAGUUCUACAGUAUAGGUUUAUAUCUAGAGAGUCUUUCCAUUCCUCAGACAGUGUUUGAGAGGGUAUACAUACAUAGAAGAGGUGACUCAUCUUUAGAAACUUGGCUUCCCGGCAUCUUGUUCAAUGUCUUUUUUUUGUGGGAAGAGCUGCAUUUGUUCCAGGCUGAGACACACUCCCGCUAUCACAGUUCAAAAUCUCCAAACUCCUGUUGGAUGUUUACUGGGAAUGGAGAACAAUGAUUUUUAUUCAUAAGGCCUUGGGCACAUGUUCUGUUUUCCUCUGGUGCUUGCUUUGCUAGGAAGUUUAGGUUGUCUUUUACUACUAUCUGUAAACAAGCCCAUCUCUAGCAGUUGCCAACGGGAAUUCACAAAAGAGAAUCAAGGAUCUAUUCCCAGGUGGUGGAGGGUUGAAACUACAGUCUUCCUUGAGGGACAGAUGGCAGCUCUUGCAGUGUAAACUAGAGCACAAACUAGAGCACAGGCAUCUGAUGAGUGCAUAUGUCAUACAUGCUGGAAAUAGUACUUUUCAAAUGUAUUAACUAGUCUGUCACCUCCCAAUGCAAAAAAAGGGAAAAGAAAUUAUUGUAUGUAUGCUUCGUACACUUAGACUGUUUUUAAACUCCUAUAAUGUGGGUUUUUCUUUUCAUGCACUAUAUAAAAACACUUGGAAAUAAGAUCUAGGUUAUCUUAGAAAUAUCCCCCCCCCCAAAUAUAUUUUUGGACCAUUCCAAAGGGGGAAAGGGGACUCUUCUUUGUUGUUUAAAGCAUCUUUAAUGCUCGCAGAUUCCCCAUAAUCAUCAUUUUAGAUGAAAAAUGGUUUCACUUUAGCCAGAAAAAUAUUUUCUCAUGACUUGGGGCAUAUUUUCCACGUUGACCUAUACAUUCUUUCUUUCCUCUUCAAAAUUCCCCUUGUUUGGUCUUUGAUUUAAAACUGGAUGAGUGCCCAGAACCUUUUAUUUGCUCACUCUAGCUGUUCUGUAUGCCCUCUUGCUUCCUGUUUGAAAAGGGCUAUAAUUUAACUGGUAAAUCAUAUGAUUCUCUUUUCAAAACUUUAAAUGCAUGACUUGAAACUGGGGUUUUUUUAAAAAAAAAUCUCAGUGUGGGUUUUAAGAAGUACUUUGAAAAUGUCAGCUGGCCAACAAAAAAGGUAUAAUGCUUUAGUAAAAUACCUUAUUUGUUAUUUAUUUAUUACCAUGAUUUAUAGCCAGCCUUUUAAGAGGAGUGCAUGCAGGACAGUUCACAGUUAAUAAAACAACAUAAUCACAAGUAUAAUUAAACAGAAAUCUUUAAAAAGAAAUCAGUAGCAGCUUAAAAUUAAAAUGAGAGUGAAUGUUUAAUUAAAAGUAUGCCAAAAUAAGAGUGUCAGUGGACAGUGAUGGAUUGUGGCUUCCCAGGAAGAUUCUUCCACAGUCUGGGCGCUCCAAGAGAGAAGGCCCUCUGUCACCAGCCGUCCCAUUGCACCAUGGAUAACAAAGGCAACACAGGCAAGAACUUCUGUGGUGGACUAAGAGUUCUUGAGCAUAUUUAUAUGGAAGGAGACAAUUCUGUAGAUACCCAGGUGCCCAGGACAUUGAGGGCUUUAAAGCUCAAUGCCAACACUUCCAAGUUGAGCCUCGAAACAAAUUGGUAAUAUGUUCACUUAGUAAAGGAUUGGAGUAAUAUGCCCUUGUCUUCUGGCUCCAGCCUGGUGGCUGCAUUUUGGGCCAUUUAGAGAUUCCAACCUGUCUUCGGGGACAGCUCUACCUAGAAUACCUUGCACAGAGGCUUACCUAGGGUCACUUUUGCCCUUGGAAAGGAGCUAUAUUGGUUCCCCCUCCACCCACACACAAAAAACAACUUUAUGCCACAGUGCAAGAAGGACAGAAAGCUUCUCUUGUGUUUGAUCUUGCUGUAACAGCAGUGUUUCAUUGCCCCAUAUGUAUACAUCAUACACUCCAUAGUCUGAUAUGGUGAUUUUUACGCACGCGCACACACACAUCCUGAGCCUGUGUCCCCUGUAGGGACCAGUUUUGUCACCUCUGACAUUGCAGUAGUUUAAGGUGCUAAUGACUGACAGCAGGCCUGACCUCUAGAUAAGGACAAAGCUGCCAUUUUAACACCAUGAAUACCCAAUCUAUGGCCAUUCCCUUUGGUCAAAAGCUGUGGUUAAGGUAAAGGGACCCCUGACCAUUAGAUCCAGUCAUGACCGACUCUGGGGUUGUGACGCUCAUCUCGCUUUAUUGGCCGAGGAAGCCGGCGUACAGCUUCCGGGUCAUGUGGCCAGCAUGACUAAGCCGCUUCUGGCGAACCAGAGCAGCGCACGGAAACACCAUUUACCUUCCUGCCGGAGCGGUACCUGUUUAUCUACUUGUACUUUGACGUGCUUUCGAACUGCUAGGUUGGCAGGAGCAGGGACCGAGCAAUGAGAGCUCACUCCGUCGCGGGGAUUCGAACCACCGACCUUCUGGUCGGCAGGUCCUAGGCUCUGUGGUUUAACCCACAGCGCCACAUUUGAGAACCAUACCGAUCACCAGCCCCUAUUAGAUCAAGCCUAUUUACCCUAAUCUAGCCAGGGUCACACUACACACAUGGAAGAAGCCUUCUGCCUAUCUCUUCCCAGGUGAAUGAAUUAAUGCAUACACUAAUGGGCCCCAUACAAUUGGUUCCUUUUCCAACGCAGCACAUCCAUGGAGUCUUCCUAUUGGCUCUUUGGGAACAUGGCUGUAUUAAGCCUCCAUGCCUCAUUUGAUGUUGAAUACCAUUGGCAGGAUUGUAGCUGAUUUGAAAGAACUCUUGAGUAAUCUAUAUGUAGUUCAGAUAGCACGCCUAUCGUGAUGGGAUUCGAAGCUCAUGUUUGUGUAAAUAUCACAAUAAGUUAAAAUAGUUUACAUGCUUUAUCUUAAUUUAGCAGUGGCAGAGAUAAAAAUGGACCUAAAAACUAGCUCUCCCGUGAUUGUCUCAUGACACUACAAAAGUUGAUUUAAGUAGCACGUUAUGCCACAGAUAAAAGGCAAAACGUUCUCAUAACACCAGAACUCAUGGACAUUCUAUGAAGCUGAAUAUUAAAACAUUCAGAACAGAUAAAAGAUGGAACGUCUUCAUGCAGCUCAUAAUUUAAACUAUGGAACUCCCUCCAGAGGCAGUGAUGGCCACCAAGUUGGAUGACUUUAAAAGGUGGUUAGACAAUAUCAGUGGCUACUAGUCAGAAGCAGUGUGGUUCUGAAUACCAGUUGAUAGAAACCACAUGAGAGGAGAUUGCUGUUGUGCUUAGGUCCUACUUACGGGUUUCCCAUGGGCAUCUGGUUGGCCACUGUGAAGACUAGAAGUUGAACUAAGUAAUAAAUAAAAUUAUAACAAAAUGAACCAUUGGCCUAAUCCAGCAGGCUCUUCUUAUGCUCUUAUGCUGGUCACUUGUUAUAGAACAGUUUAGGAUAAUAUUCUAUAGGACUGAAUGCAUGUAAGAAGAGCGUGUUAAUGGCAUAGAAGUUCAUCAGAAUGUUUGGCGUAUGCUGUCAUCAAAUAAUCACAAUAAAAAGUAUUCACUUGCAACUUUAUUCCCUCUCGGGUUGCAAGGACUCAAUAUGUUCAAUAUGUAAGUUUAGCAAAUGUGAGUCUAGAUCUUCUGGUACCCAUGUGUGUGUGGUUUUUUCUUUUAAAAAAAAUGCAAUUAAAAAGUGUAUGCCUCCAUAACUUCCUUUUGAUUGGGUUGAAACUUACUCUGAGUUCAUUUUCUGACACUAACAGAUUCUACAAAAUCAAGCUGUCAAACCAAGCUUUUUAAAAUGCUGUGCAAUCAUUUGUUUGCAAAUUUAGUCCAAAUCUAGAACAUAAAAUCAAGUCCAUCUUAGGCAAGUUUAUAUUUACUCUGAUCCCACAGAAGGGAAAACAGAAUCAUAGAUGAACAUGAGAGGGAUGUAGUAAAAGAAGUUGUUGGACUUGCAUUCCUUGAGCAAAAUAAUUACUCUUUUAAUUAUUAGGCUACGAAUGAACCAGGAAUGAACAAUAGACUCAUCAUACUGUUAAUGUUGUUUUAGAUGAGUUAAUAAAUAGUUCUAGAGAAAGAGUGUUGUCCUGUGAAAAUUGGAACAUGGAUUCUAAUUAAUUAAUGGAAACUUUGCUUUCAGUGGACAAAACAGAACUCAACACAAGCUUUCAUUUGACCUUUUUCGUUUUCACACAAAAGAACUAAAGACUCAGAAAGAUGCAAGAAAAUCUACUACAAAGCUAAGGGUCACCACAUGUUAUGCAAUGAUAAUUGUUUAUUUUGUUAAUGUGAUAAUUGCUUUCCUGUGCAUCAUAAUGAGUUACGGAAGUUCCUGGUUUGAAAUGUAUAGCACUAAACAAUGCUCACAAACAGCAAAUGAAAUAGCAAAGCUGUGACUGGACUGGAGAGAAGACUAAAUAAUCUGGUCCAAAGUGACUGUAGACCAGGGGUUGUCAACCUGGUCCCUACCGCCCACUAAUGGGCGUUUCAGGAUUCUAGGGGGGCGGUAGGGGUUUCUAUGGCACAAGCUGAAUUCUCCUUCCAUUGAGCACUGGUGGGCAGUAAGGAAAUUUUACCAUCAAGAAAGAUGCAUUAGUGGGCGGUAGGUACAAAAAAGUUGACUACUCCUGCUGUAGACAGGUUGAAUGAGUGGUACUUUCAAAGCAUGUCAUAUCUUUCUUGAAAAUAUCCAUGAUGCUAAGAUACCACAUCUCUCUCUUUGCUCAUAGAUGAACCAAUAUUAUUAGUUCAUCUGUCAACUGUGAUUAAAAUGGCUGGGUCAUAGACAGCUAUAUCACAGACAGUGCCUGGAGCACUUCAAAAAAUAUUAAUUAUUGCAAGCAUCGCAGUUGUAUGCUAGCGGUUUUAUCAUUACACUUAGAGAAGGCUUUUGAUUGACUGGAGGAGCUUUUCCCCUUUACUUCCUUCUGUACUUAAAAACCAACAAUUUCAGCUAACUUUCUGAUUUGACAAGGAACUUGCUAGGUGCUUUCUUCUUACCUGGCUCCCCAUUCUGUCCACUGAACCUAUUGUAAAAGGAACACAGAAAGCUGCCUUAUGCUGAAUCAGACCAUUGGUCUAGCUGACAUAGUAUUACUGACACUGGCAGUGGCUUUCCAAUAUUUCAGACAUUCCUGUUUCUUCCUGGAGAUACCAGGGAUUGAAUGUGAAAUCUUUUGCAUAAAAAGCAUGUGCUUAUUGCUUGUUUGUUUUACAAAUUUUCAGUCUAUGAGAACUGAAUCCACACUUCACAUUGUAGGCAUCAAAUGAAUAAGAACUUUGCUUUCCUGAUAAUACAAAUUAUUAUUAUUAUUAUUAUUAUUAUUAUUAUUAUUAUUAUUAUUAAUAUCCCACCCAUCUGGUUGGACUUCCCCAGCCACUCUGGGCGGCUUCCAAAAAAAAUUUAAAAUACUGUAAUACAUCAAACAUUAAAAGCUUCCCUAAACAGGGCUGCCUUCAGAUGUCUUCCAAAAGUCUGAUAGUUCUCUUUGACAUCUGGUGGGAGGGUGUUCCACAGGGUGGGUGCCACUACCGAGAAGGCCCUCUGCCUGGUUCCCUGUAACUUGGCUUCUCGCAGUGAGGGAACCGCCAGAAGGCCCUCGGUGCUGGACCUCAGUGUCUGGGUAGAACGAUGGGGGUGGAGAAGCUCCUUCAGGUAUGCUGGACCGAGGCCGUUUAGGGCUUUAAAGGUCAGCACCAACACUUUGAAUUGUGCUCGGAAAUGUACUGGGAGCCAAUGUAGGUUUUUCAAGACCGGUGUUAUAUGGUCUCAGCGGCCGCUCCCAGUCACCAGUCUGGCUGCCGCGUUCUGGAUUAGUUGUAGUUUCUGGGCUGGGUCACCUUCAAAGGUAGCCCUAUGUAGAGCGCAUUGCAGUAGUCCAAGCAGGAGAUAACCAGAGCAUGCACUACUCUGGCGAGGCAGUCCGCAGGCAGAUAGGGUCUCAGCCUGCGUACCAAAUGGAGCUGGUAAACAGCUGUCCUGGACACGGAUUUGACCUGUGCCUCCAUGGACAGCUGUGAGUCCAAAAUGACUCCCAGGCUGCGCACCUGGUCCUUCAGGGGCACAGUUACCCCAUUCAAGACCAGGGAAUCCUCCACACCUGCCCACCUCCUGUCCCCCAAAAACAGUACUUCUGUCUUGUCAGGAUUCAAUCUCAAUCUCAAUCUCAAUCUGAUAAUACAAAGGAGAGAAGGAAAUAAUUGCCACACACAAAAACCCUGGUUACCUGCCCCCACACUUUCUCUAAGCCAGGGGUUGUCAACCUGGUCCCUACAGCCCACUAGUGGGCGUUUCAGGAUUCUAGGUGGGCGGUAGGGGGUUCUAUGGCACAAGCUGAAUUCUCCUUCCAUCGAGCACUGGUGAGCAGUAAGGAAAUUUUACCAUCAAGAAAGAUGCAUUAUUGGGCAGUAGGUAUAAAAAGGUUGACUACCCCUGCUCUAAGCCAGGCAUAGGCAAACUCCGGCCCUCCAGAUGUUUGGGAACUACAAUUCCCAUCAUCCUUAGCUAACAGGACCAGUGGUCAGGGAUGAUGGGAAUUGUAGUCUCAAAACAUCUGGAGGGCCGGAGUUUGCCUAUGCUUGCUCUAAGCCAUGCAAUCGUGUAUCUUCUGCUAGUUCUAUUCAAAUGCACAAGGGUAGUCAGGAUCUCUGCCUGGAAAAUGUGGCAUACCCGAAUGUGGGUUUUAUUGAUCAGAAAGAACCAGGGGCCAUGAAAGGGUAUUUAAAAGCUGGGUUGCCCUUGCAGUUUUGUCCCCUCGCACCAUCUCCAGGCUAGAUCUUCCCAGGUCUAAUAGUUAAUUGGGCAUCCACAGUUUCCCCCUUUUCUGGGGCUGAAAGCGACCUUAGAAAAAGGGGUGGUGGCAGAAACUAUUAGGGAAGCACCGCAGGGCUUGUGUGCAGCAGUGGCACCAAGAAGGGAGGGGGAGAUUCUCAUGAGCACCCCUGCUUUUCUAAAAUAAUCAGCUGCAGUUAGCUAAAUAAAUCUCCAGCAAAAUUACUAUUCUGCGUGAUGUCACAAGCAGACCUAAAAUAUCCCUGUCACUUGCGUAGAGCGGCUUAAGGAGAUUAGGAAACUACUGUUUUAAUAAUGAACUCAAAUGCAUUUAACUUCGAUAAACAUUUUGGUUAGCACUUUCACUGACCUCAUCUGCACAUCACCCUAAGCCAGUUCGCGGCUUAGCAUGAACGUGCAAAUGUGAGGGCUCCUAAUGAGAAGAUUGAAACUGCUUUGCUCCUGCUCCAGUCGUUCUGCUGCUGAGCCGCGUCUUGCUGAGCUAUGGUUUGACUUAGUGUGCCUUCCAAACCCGAGGCCCUGGUUUAGCUCUCCAAGACAAAGCAUGCAACCAAGAUUCGCCCCGUCGUUUUUCCAGCUUGUGGUUUGCCUGGUAGAUCUAAACCACAAGCCUGGGUUUGGAAGACACACUAAGCCAAACCACUGCUUAGCUCAACACAGCACAGGGGCAGAAUGACAGAAAGGGGCCCCCAAGUUUGCUUAUUCAUGGUUUGACUUAGCAUUACGCAUGAAAUGGGUCAUUGUGAAGCUGAACAAAAAAAAAAAAUUCCCACUCUUCACAUAUCCUUCUCUCAUCUUGGACCCAUAUCUGUAGAUUCAAUGGGUCAAUCAAACAGCAUAUUUAACUCCACUAAAUUUUGGAUAACAAUCCUGAUGUCUUUUUAGCAGACGGUGCAAAAAUUGAACAAACAUAGCUUUCAUCUUUGCAAAAAAUGAGUAGCAUUUCGCUCUGUUCUCCCUAACUAUCCAAGUAUAUUUUCAUCAGCUACACACAUGAUUGGAAGGGCUUGGAACGUCUUAGUAGCACACCACAUUUCCAACACUUGCCAAACUUCAAACUAAUUAUACAUUACAUUUCUCUGAAAAAUGUCAAAAUAUGCAACUACAAUGCUGGUAUCAUCUUUGAUCCCUACCUCUGAUACGCCUACAUUACUUGAGCUGCUUCGGACUUCCAGAUCAUGAUAAGACUCGUGUGUAAAGGCCACGCUGGCUGAACCAACUCUGGAUCAUCCAGAAGAAACUGGGAGAAACUGGUCUUAAAAUUUUGUACAUCAUGACCAUGUUUCAGAUUUCAAAAGAUUUCUGUGUUCAUUUGCUUCAUUAAUGCAGGAUUUAAGACUAGCACUUUCUGUAAAAUAGUCUUUUCAUCUAUCUUAUGCUGUUCAUUGUCAUGGCUUGUAUGGAGAUUGGUAGCAAAAUGGCACAUACUGUAUUUUUCUUUCAAUAGGGAUCUGUUUAGAUUUUGGUGGUCUCCAUAAAACAAGUUUACUUAUUUAACUUGCAGAGGAGAAGGAGACAAAAAUAGUUUGCCUGUGCCUGUAGUUGACUCAAACAUGCAAAAGUCUGUAAUUGCCUACAGCGUCUACACAAACCUCUCGUUAUUCCUUUUGAGUCAAUGAUCCCUUUUGUUUUGUGAUUGUGAUGUGUGUUAAUUACACAAAGGUUCAUGCAACAGUUACAUUCUAAUUAUGAUCCAUUAUGACUAAUUAAAUAUUGAAAAUUAGAUGAAACUUACAUAUAUUAUCAAGUGCCUGCCCUGCAACAACAGAGAAGGGUGGCACCAAUAGAGCAGAACCAUGAGAAAAAUAAAAUGGUCCAAACCAAUAUUUAUGGAGAAAUCUCAAUGCAUUUUUGUUCUUUAGCUAUUCCCCAAGGGAAUAUUUUUUUUCUACAAAGAUGACCCUAUUGUCUGGUCUUGGAGACUCUUAAGAGAAGAGUUUCUUUUUUAGUGUUCAAAUGCCAAGGAAGCAAAUCUGUCUUUGCACAAAUAUUACUUUCCUGAGAUGGAACUUAAGGUUUGAAAUGUGUCAGGAUUCUUUCAUGCAUCGGUUACACCCUUUUAAGAUUUUGUCCAAACAUUGUCAUAGAAUCAUAGAGUUGGAAGAGACCACAAGGGCCAUCGAGUCCAACCCCCUGCCAAGCAGGAAACACCAUCAGAGCACUCCUGACAUAUGGUUGUCAAGCCUCUUCUUAAAGACCUCCAAAGAAGGAGACUCCACCACACUCCUUGGCAGCAAAUUCCACUGUCGAACAGCUCUGUCAGGAAGUUCUUCCUAAUGUUUAGGUGGAAUCUUCUUUCUUGUAGUUUGGAUCCAUUGCUCCGUGUCCGCUUCUCUGGAGCAGCAGAAAACAACCUUUCUCCCUCCUCUAUGUGACAUCCUUUUAUAUAUUUGAACAUGGCUAUCAUAUCACCCCUUAACCUCCUCUUCUCCAGGCUAAACAUGCCCAGCUCCCUUAGCCGUUCCUCAUAAGGCAUCGUUUCCAGGCCUUUGACCAUUUUGGUUGCCCUCCUCUGGACACGUUCCAGUUUGUCAGUGUCCUUCUUGAACUGUGGUGCCCAGAACUGGACACAGUACUCCAGGUGAGGUCUCACCAGAGCAGAAUACAAUGGCACUAUUACUUCCCUUGAUCUAGAUGCUAUACUCCUAUUGAUGAGGCCCAGAAUUGCAUUGGCUUUUUUAGCUGCCGCGUCACACUGUUGGCUCAUGUCAAGUUUGUGGUCAACCAAGACUCCUAGAUCCUUUUCACAUGUACUGCUCUCAAGCCAGGUGUCACCCAUCUUGUAUUUGUGCCUCUCAUUUUUUUGCCCAAGUGCAAUACUUUACAUUUCUCCCUGUUAAAAUUCAUCUUGUUUGUUUUGGCCCAGUUCUCUAAUCUGUCAAGGUCGUUUUGAAGUGUGAUCCUGUCCUCUGGGGUGUUAUCCACCCCUCCCAGUUUGGUGUCAUCUGCAAAUUGUCCUCAAGAAGAUGCCAGAAAGCCCUCCUGGAAGUCAAGCAGGAAGAAUGUACGCUGUUAGGAAGCAGGAAGAAAUUACCAGAUUCUUGUUCUAAUGUGUGAUUAAUGGAUGCAGAGUUUUCAGAACCUUGCCCUUUUGUUUUGUCUUUAAUGGGCUGCUUCAAAAGGUCCUCUACAAUUCAGCGAAUUGUUUCUUUUACUAAAAGAGUUUUCAGUCCAAUCUGCAGCCUGGUACCACAAUCUGAAACACACAGUGCUGCCACCCAGAGAGCCUGGGCUCAGAGGCAUCCCUUAUUUUUCCCCCCUGAGAAAUAAGUCUUUAGUAUGCAUGGAAGAGAAUGCCAGUAUAUGGGCUUCCCAGAAAGGUGGAAAACUUCUGCCCAUAUGGUCCAGAUCACAACCAUUUCAAGCACGUGAGCGAUAGAUUUCUACAUGUUGCAGCCACCACAAGAAAUAAUACUGUUUUCCAUUCUACCAUCUUUUGAACUCUACAACAGUAUAUUUCAUACUAUUCACUGGGAAAACCACACCAAAUGCUGCAGUACGUUAAAAGACAGAGAGAGAGCGAGCAACAAGAGAGCAAACUGCACCAGAACCUUUCUACCUGACGGCCUAGUUUAGUUGUCAUUUAUUUUCAACUAGUUUUUCUUUUCUUUUUUUAAAGCUUUGGUAGUUUUUAAAAUGCAUCCCCAUCGCAGUCUGAAAUUGAUGCAGCCAUCCUCACCACCUCUUUCUGCUGACCCCUACUGCUCGAUAUGACAGCUGUUAUAUGAGAGCCAGUGUGGUGUAGUGGUUAAGAGCGGUAGUCUCGUAAUCUGGGGAACCGGGUUCGAGUCUCCGCUCUUCCACAUGCAGCUGCUGGGUAACCUUGGGCCAGUCACACUUCUCUGAAGUCUCUCAGCCCCACUCACCUCACAGAGUGUUUGUUGUUGGGGAGGAAGGGAAAGGAGAAUGUUAGCCGCUUUGAGACUCUUUCGGGCAGUGAUAAAGCGGGAUAUCAAAUCCAAACUCUUCUUCUUCUUCUUCUCUUCUUCUGUUUACUAACAGCAAACCCCACAAAUCAGACAUUUUUUCACAAAACCACCACAAACACCUUUUAAAGGGGGUUGAAGUAGAUCUGAUGCAUGCAAGCAUAAUGGCUGUUUGGCUAUUUAUUUUUUUAUACCUCUUAAUGUAUUAAAAGAUAUAUCUCUCUAAGCUGUGCACAGGAAACGAAAGCAACAACAGACAACUUAAAAAUACAGUGGUACCUCGGUUUUUGAACGUCUCGGAAGUCGAACGUUUUCAGUUUUCGAACGCCGAAAACCCGGAAGUAAAUGCUUCCAUUUUUGAACGCGCCUCGGAAGUCGAACAGCUUCUGCUGAGAUUUUUUCAAUUUCUCUCUCUUAAAUUUGCUGACCACCAUUUGCGUUUCGGUUUUCGAACGUUUUGGAACUCGAACGGUCUUCCUGAAUGGAUUACGUUCAAAAACCGUGGUACCAUUGUAUUACAAAACACAAGUUACAUAUAGGUACACAGUUAUAUAUACAGACACAGUUACAUUAAUACAAAGUUUCUAAUAUAUAAACAUGAAUAUCAAUUCAUUUUCCUUCUGACACACCCUCUCUCUCAGCCUCCAGAUUCUCACCCAGGGUCCAAACCAACUCUCAGCUUACCCACAAAAGUCUCACAGUGAGAAGAGGACCUGGAAAGAAGGCAUCACUCUAGUCUCUCACUUUUGACUUGCUUUUUAUGGGCAGGUCCAAGGUGGAUAGCCUUCCUUAGGCUGCCUUCAUGUGUCCCAUUCAGCUACACCCAGUUCUAGAAGCAGCAGAUUUGUUGAGUUUCCCAGGUAGUUCAAAGAACGCGAAAAGGGGGCCCCCUCCACUCGCAGCUCUUCCUUCACCCUCUGUCAUCUCUCCUCCCCUCCAUCUUCUUCCAUACACCAUGUAGUAACAGCAACCAUACACAGGCAUUUAAAAUGUCAUCUACAAAGUGGCUGUAACAUGCCGGCCAGUCGCACUAGAAUUACUUUCACCUUAUGUUUUUAGUAUGAGGCUGCAAACAGGUGGCCAUAUGAAACUGCCUUGUUCUGAGUUCAGCGUAUUGUCUGCUGCACUGGCCGUGCCUCUCCAGGGUGUCGGACAAAGGAUGCUUUCCUACCUGUCCUGCCAGUGCCAGGGAUGAAACCUGGGACCUUUUGCAUGUGAAUGCUUUAGUACUGACACUUUCACUUUGCACUUCACUAGCAUAUGACAGGCAUAGUCUUUGUUUCUAAUAAGCUUUGAUGGUAUUAAGGAAUUAGCUUUCAAAUUUCAAUAUUGGGAACUAAAAGCACAAAAAAGCAGACCCCCAAAUUACCAUGGAAUAACUAGGUAUCAUGUCACUAAAGAAAAUUCACCAAAUCCCAAAGUUGGUAAGUUUCCAAGGAAAUUCAUAUUGUACCAGGCAUGUCCAACAGGUAGAUCAUGAUCUGGUAGAUCACUGGACAUCUGUGGUAGAUCACUGGUAGAUCACUGGCUCCCCCCCCAAAAAAAGAGCUCAAGAACUCUGGCUCCCCUAAGAAAACCUCAACAACUUUUACCUGAACCCCUAAAAAAUGGGGGUAGAUCACUGCCAGUUUUUAACUCUGAGUAGAUCGCAGUCUAUUGGGAGUUGGCCACCCCUGGCAUAUGAGAAACAAUAAACCCAUUAAAAGAGUUACCGUAUUUUUCGCUCUAUAAGACUCACCAGACCACAAGACGCACCUAGUUUUUGGAGGAGGAAAACAAGAAAAAAAAUAUUCUGAAUCUCAGAAGCCAGAACAGCAAGAGGGAUUGCUGUGCAGUGAAAGCAGCAAUCCCUCUUGCUGUUCUGGCUUCUGUGAUAGCUGUGCAGCCUGCAUUCGCUCCAUAAGACGCACACACAUUUCCCCUUACUUUUUAGGAGGGAAAAAGUGAGUCUUAUAGAGCACAAAAUACGGUACAUAGAUUGAUUUCAAUGCCCUCCAAUGUGAUUAGGUUUUGUUUGUUUUGCCUUGCGAAAUGAAGAGGACCCUGAGACCAAAGGCAGCUUUCUUUUCCCCAGGCUUCUUAUUACUCUCAGUAUUUGGGAUGCAGCUGUCAGUGAGGAAGACUUGUUCUUUUAACUGAGUCAUUUGUUGCUUAUGUCUUUCUUCUGCUUGUUCCAUCUGUCAGGCCAUCUGCCUCCCAAUGACCCUGGACUGCUUUCCAUUCUGUAUUACAGGUCCACACGUUCCGAGGUCCACAUUGGUGUGAAUACUGUGCCAACUUCAUGUGGGGACUCAUUGCUCAGGGAGUCAGAUGCUCAGGUAAUCUUAAAAAUCUUAUUGACCAGGCCCUUAACCCCUGAAAAACAAAACUGUAAAUCUCUUUCAAGGGACAAUGCAGAGUGACAAUGCCUUCCUAAAUAAGACAAAGCAUUCUGCAGUUUAAUCCUCUUCUAGAGCAAUACACACACACAUAAUAAUAAUAAUAAUAAUAAUAAUAAUAGUAACUGGUUUAAAGUGGAUGUUUCCAUUUCACUCAAUGAAGUCAACAACUGGUGUUUCUAUUUUUUUCUUUAAUAAAGUUCAAAACUGGGAAAGAGUGAAACUUUUGCUAUGGGAAAUCCUGGCUAAAAUUUGAAUUCCAAGCUUAAAAUAUAUGAGUAACUCUUGAGCCUUUUGGGGGAUUAUAAUGGAGCUGAUAGUCUGGCAACUAAACUGCUCAACUGGACUGGACUGGACUGGACUCCAUUUCUAACCUCAUGGACCUAUGGUUAAUGGGUACUAGUCAUAUUGCUGUUAUUGGUUGUUGGCAUUUAAUAUAUGUUAGCUGUUGGUUUCUGCUUUCCUUCACUGUGCAGCUCUGCUUGUCACGAGACAGGUGUUUACAUUCCACAGUCUGUACUGUUGGAGUUUCUCACGGGAAAGGGAGACUGGAUGUGACGUACACUGGUUUCCUGUUUUUCACUGUGUGAUUCUCUCCGAGCUGUCGAGGAGAGAGGAUGCAUUUUUCUGCUCCUGCAGAGGCAAGAUGUCUUUCUGUAAUAUACCAGCUUUGAACUGUAAAUAAAGCUAUAUAGAGUAUGUAUCACGUACUCCUCAUCCUUCCGCUGGCCACGACAGACUCUGCUUUAAAACAACACGUGGUUAUGGACUCCAGAGGUCGAAUCGGAGUGCCGGCAAAAGGAUCGGAAUGCAGAGGGACGGAUCGGAAAGGAAUCUGCUCUGCGCGUAGAAGUGAUUGAUGAGGUAUGUGCUACUGCUCCGGGCAGCCUGCCAGCUUCAAGUUAAUGGCUUUAUGGCUGGACUUUGAACUUUUAAAGCCGGUUUUGCCGGGAAUAGGCAAAAGGCUCCCAGGCACAAGUCACUAUGCUGGGGAAAUCGAAAGUAACUUUUAAGUGCGCUUUUGUGAUAAGGCAGCUGCAGCAGUGACGCAGCAAGAUUUAAAGCAGCAUAUGACGCUGAAGGCUGAUGCCAGAGUCAUGAUGGCCCUUCAGGAUGCUUGUGGGAUUCCUAAGCUCAACAAGAAAAAUUACAGCGACUGGGUUCAGUAUGCAGAGGCAAUUCUGCGGAAAGAGGGUUUGUUUGAGGUGAUUACAGGAACCCCCAGUUCCAGUUACAGAUGCAUGGGAAGCUAAGGAUUCCAAAGCAAGGGGAACUCUUACAUUGAUAGUAUCCCCAGAAGAGCUCUGUCUAUUGCGUGAUAAGACCUCAGCCAGAGAAAUUUGGGACGCUCUGAGAGAGGCUCACUUAAGGACAGAAGCUGGAUCCACUAUGUUUUACUUCAACAAGCUGCAUAAUAUGGCUCUUGCUGAAGGUGGAGAUGUGCGUUUACAUCUGAUGCAGAUGCAAAAUCUGAGACAUGAGCUGCAACAGAGAGGACUCAACUUUCCAGAGGCUGUGUAUUCUUUCAUGAUAAUACAAUCUUUGGGUUCAGGUUGGGAGUCUGUUGCAACCCAGAUUGCUGUGCAACCAACUGCUCAGCUGACAGUGGACUUUGUUACUGCCGUGAUUUUAAAUGAAGCAGAUCGCCGGGGUGCUAGCUGCAUGGGCAAGGGGGAGUCUUCACAGACGUCAUCCCAUAGUGCAGUGGAACCACCAGAUGGCGCCAAAGCUUUGAAGGCAGUGAAAUGCUACUCGAGUGGACGUCUAGGCCAUUUGAAGAGGGAAUGCAGACAUCCCAGGGCCAAGACAGAGCAGCGCAGCGAAAGCUCAUCGCGCGGAAAAGGCCGAGGCAAAGGCAAAGGUCCGGUGUCUAGGACAACGCAGCACAAGGCUAUGGUUUCACGCUUCACUCCAAAGGUUGCAGAGGUCCAGAAGACGUCUAGAUCUUUCUUCAUUGUUGAUUCAGCGGCGACCCACCACAUGUGCAACGAUAAGAAACUGUUUGUGUCUUUUACACCGCAGGAAGGUGCGAUUCACCAGGCGGAUGACCACACUAUUCCCAGUAAAGGCUACGGAACUGUUGUUCUUCACAGUUUGGACUUAUCGAUACAGAAUGUGCUUUACGUGCCAGACGCUAAACAUAAUCUGCUCAGCGUUGGACAGCUGAAUGAGCGGAACAUUGACGUUUCCUUCAAGAACAAGAAGUGCAUCAUCACAAAGAAAAAUGAUUAUGUAUUGCAUGCAGAAUAUGUUGAUCAUUUGUUUGUUUUGUAUUAUGAUGAUGUGGUGCAGGAUGACACUUGUUGCAUUGCAGGUUCUAACAAAAGUUUGCAUGCAGAAUGUAUUCACGAUUUUCAUCGAAAAUUUGGUCAUUUGCAUUUUGAGGCAGUAUCUAAAAUGCCUGCCUUGGUUGAAGGUAUGACUAUUAAACCCUGCAGGUACCACAUGAAGUGCAAAGCAUGCGCAGCAAACAAGGUAAAAAUGGCUGCGAAAGGUAAGGUGUCUAGUAGGAAAGCUACAGAACCAUACCAGGUUGUUCAUGCUGAUUUGGUUGGACCACUAGCGCCCUCUUUGGGUGGAAAUAGAUACUUCAUGGUUCUCAUUGAUGCAUUUUCUAGAUAUAUUUUUGUGUACAAUCUCAAGCAGAAGUCGGAGGCUUUUCCUAGGUUCAAGGAAUUCUGUGCUUGGUUGGAAAAUGUGCAUGGUAAGAAGAUAAAGACUCUUUUCAGUGAUCGUGGGGGGGAAUUCACUUCUCAGCAGUUUGAAGCUUUUCUGACUGAGAAAGGAAUUCAACACGAUUUGUCUAGUCCUCGCUCACCAUGGCAGAAUGGACUUGCGGAACGGGCAAAUCAGACAUUGCUUCAAGGGUUAAAGACCUUGCUGCAUGAUGCCAAUCUUCCAGAGAGUUAUUGGGCCGAAUCUCUCUCGUGUUUUGUUUACAGUUACAAUCGCAGGUUAUCUUCAGCGAUUGGUUGUACCCCCUAUGAGAAGAUGUUUGGCAAGAAGCCAUACAUCAAACACAUGAAGAUUUUGGUUCUGACAUGUGGGUUCGCUCACCACAAAACUCCAAGUUAGACAAGCGUGGAUUGCAUGGUAUCUUUCUAGGUUAUCAGAAAGGGUCUUACAGAAUAAUGAUGACUGACUCUAAGACAAUUAAGCUCACGAGAAGUGUCGAGUACAAUGCAAAGUGGGGGAGAAUGUGGGAAUUUUCCAAUGUUAUCCUGAUGACGGUGAUGAGACUGAGGAUAGUCAAAAGCAACCACAACAGCCCACACCCACUGAUGAAGGUUCUGAGUCUGAAUCUGAAACUGAAUCGGGUGAUUCAGAGGAUUUCGAGAGUGCGAAAGCCUCUAUGCGACCCUCUGAAAGCUCUGAUCAAGAAUUGGAGGAACCAUUGUUCACAAUAGGUCGUUUUUCUCCUAAGAAGGAAGAGGAGAGUGUUGAAGACUUAAGGCUAAUUCGUAGGUCACAGAGAGCCACAAAAGGCAAACCUCCAAAGAGAUUUGCUGAUGAGUUUGCUACGAUAGCAGUAACAGCUGUUAAAAGCUCCAAGAAGGUAUUUGAACCUUCAAGUUUCCAAGAAAUCCAGGGUUUGGAUUCAAAGGAAGCUGAGCCAUGGUUAAAUGCCAUGAAGGCUGAGCUUGAUUCCUUAGAAAGGAACAAAACAUGGGAGCUAGUUCCAGUAGUUCCAGGAAUGAAACUGCUUGGAAGCAAAUGGGUCUUCAAAGCGAAGACAGAUCAAAAUGGCAAGAUAGUCAGACACAAAGCCAGAUUGGUAGCCAGAGGUUUUGCACAGGUACCAGGUGAAGACUAUCACGAGACCUAUUCACCCACAGUGAGAUAUGAAAGCAUUAGGCUUAUGCUUAAGCUAGCUGCAGAGGAAAAUCUACACAUUAGUCACCAUGAUAUUAAUACAGCUUUUCUGUACGGAUCUCUAGAUGAAUCACUUUAUAUGCUUCCACCUGAUGGCGUACAGGUAAAACAGGGAUUUGUUUGUGCUCUGAAGAAAUCCCUUUAUGGUCUCAAACAAAGUGCACGGUGUUGGCACACAAAACUCACUGAAGUAUUGUUUUCUCUAGGUUUUCAGCAAGGGAAAGCUGAUCCAUGUGUAUUUGUCAAAGAGGAGGGGCAAAAGAAACUGUACUGUUUGUUUUAUGUUGAUGAUUUAUUAUUCUUUGGAAAGAUGUUGCAAUGUACAAUAGCGCCCUAGCUCAACUGAAAGAGCACUUUGACAUGAAAGAUCUUGGUGAGGUAAAUAACUACCUAUCUCUGGAAAUAGAGAGAGAUCAAGAUGGUAACAUUCUAGUACACCAGUCACGGAAAAUUGCUGAUGUGUUAAGCAAACUAAAUCUGAUGGAUGCUAACCCUGUAGACACACCGAUGACAACAGGUUAUCAGGUAGAUGACACUGAAGAAGCAUUUUCUGACACUACACUGUACAGGAAUGUGCUAGGCAAGCUAAGCUUCAUUGCCAGAUGUUCAAGACCAGACAUUGCUGUUAGCUGUAAUUUGCUAAGCAGACAAGUCAACAAUCCUAGUGUCAAGGAUUGGAAAGCUCUGAAACGCAUAGCGCGGUAUUUGAAAGGCACUAUGCAUUACAGACUGAGAUUUAACAAUCAGAAGUCUGGUGGUCUUGAGAUAUUUGCAGAUGCAAGUUUUGGAAGUGACGCUACAGACAGGAAAAGUACGUCUGGAGUUUGCUACAUGUACAAUCAGAGUCUGUUGAUUGGUCAUGCAAGAAGCAAACAACAGUUAGCUUAAGUACUUGUGAAGCUGAACUGAAUGCACUGUCUUAUUCACUUAAGGAUUGUGAAUGGUUAGUACAAUUGUGCAAAGAUAUGAAAAUUCCUGUCAAAUGUCCAAUCCAGGUUUACCAGGACAACAAAGCAUGUUUGGCUUUGCUGAAGUCUGAAGGUUGUAAGCAAAGCACGAAGCAUUUGCAAUUAAAGUUGCAGCAUGCUAGGGAAUGUAUUCAGAAGGGACUCGUAACGGUGUCCUAUAUGCCAGGUAAUGAAAUUCCUGCUGAUGUAUUGUCCAAGAUUGUAUCGAGGGAUCAACACUGUACCUAUGUGCAGAAGUUGGGUUUGUACUGAUAUUGUGCAAACACGCUGCCCAGUGAUGUUCACAGAAAGGGGAGGAUGUUGGUUUCUGCUUUCCUUCACUGUGCAGCUCUGCUUGUCACGAGACAGGUGUUUACAUUCCACAGUCUGUACUGUUGGAGUUUCUCACGGGAAAGGGAGACUGGAUGUGACGUACACUGGUUUCCUGUUUUUCACUGUGUGAUUCUCUCCGAGCUGUGGAGGAGAGAGGAUGCAUUUUUUCUGCUCCUGCAGACGCAAGAUGUCUUUCUGUAAUAUACCAGCUUUGAACUGUAAAUAAAGCUAUAUAGAGUAUGUAUCACGUACUCCUCAUCCUUCCGCUGGCCACGACAGACUCUGCUUUAAAACAACAGUUGCCAACAGGGUUGUUGACUGUCCCGAAGAAUCUUAACAGCGUAUGUUCUGAGCCUUUAACAGAGAUUCAAUAUAAAGAAAUAGGUAAUCGUAGCUUUCAUGUGAUGAAGUCAAAAAAUAUUGCCUGCUGAUUCAUGGGUUAGGCACCUGUGGUCCUGCAGAUAUUGUGGGGACUGCAACUCCUGUCCCUCUUGCCUAAUGGACAUAUUGUCGGGGGUUGAUGAAGCUUGAUAGACAGCCACAGCUGAAUUAGCUGGUGUAGUUCUAUGAAUGUGCGACCCAGAAAAUAGGCACAGUUGCAAUUUAACGUGCCAUAGGGUAAGGUGAGUUAGGUGGGGAAGAUCUGUUGUGCCGCAGAGCGCUUGGGUUUGCGGUGGGGACAUCAUACUGCCAUUUUAUAUUACGGUGCCUAAAGCUGGUUUCUUUUCUUGGUCAACCAUACACAAUAUAAUUAUAUGACUUAAAUGACCGUUCCUUGGUAAUUUCUUGUCAGUUGUCAUACUUAAGCAGGUAUGGGUUCUUGCCAACAACACUGUAACUGGACUCCCAAUUCCCAGCAGCCCCAAUUGUUUUAGCCCCUAUAAAAAGCUAUACACAGGUCUCUGUGGCUGAGAUGUCCAUGCUAAACACAGGAGACCUGUGUGACUUCAGAGUCACUGCCAGCCCCUUUAAGCUUGCAGACUCCCUUUGGACAAUAACACAAGAGGUCAAGUAGACGUAUAACUAAUUAUUCUUAUAAGAACUCUACAUUUAAACAUAAUACGUCUGGCUGGAUUUGUUUUCAUUCUCUUUAAGUAUUUAACCUGUGAAAAAAAGUAUGUUUAUUUAGUUCAAAGCUUAACGUUCUGCUUCAUUAGGUUACCAAUAUUUAACUCUAAGCAGACAAACAAGUUUUUAACUACACAGGAAAUGUUUAGCAAGAACUAAAAAAAAAAACCCUAAAGGGAGUAUUUUAAGUACAGCUGGCUGGGUUUGUUUAGAUUUCACUGAACAAUACUGUAUUAUGCAGUUAGUUUCUGUCUGAAUGAGCCCAAUAAACCAAACAGAUUUAGUUAUAGGCACAGAGGUCCUUUACCUGUGCACAUCAAAUAUUGCAAGGAAAGAAACUGUUCAUGUUUAGCAGUGGAGUCAAGAAUACUUUAUGUUGAUGGCUGAAAGGGACAGUGAUAAUCCUGAAUCACACUGUGUAGUUGUGAGAGUUAAUUUUUAUAAGAAGUGCAGAAGUCUAAGCCUGCCCAGAAUCCCUAAUCUCAGUGUUUGAAGCCCUGCUUAAUGAAUGAGGCAAGCUCUGGUUAGUCAUUUGUACGGGUAGUUGACUGCACAUGCAUAGAGACACACUUUUAUUAUUACUUCACGUGUUCCAAUGAAAGAGCAAUAAAUCCAGUUUUCUAGCAAAAGAGUACAAAGGUUAUCUAAUAAACGACAAGCUUAUAUUUUAAACACGUAUUCAUUUUUUUACUGUUCUCAAGCUUCCCCAAACUAGCACUUAAUGCCAGCCAGACAUUGCAGACUACAGCGCCUGUCAUUCCAGCAUGACCAGUGGGUCAGGGAUGAUGGUCGGAUAUGAGUACAUCUGGAGGGCUCUGGCAUGGGGUUAACCCUUCUCUACCCAGAUACAACAGAAGGCUUAUUUUCUCUUGGCUAGAAUAGCUGGUUUCUUUGAAGCCUAAUUGCACACAGGGAGAUGGAGUUGGCAGCCCCCCUCUCCUGGAACAUCACUCCACCUCUGUUGCAAUUAGGCUUCUGUUAGGGGCCAUGGGGCAGAAACUGUACUUAGGCUGCAAUCUAGGAGUAAGUCCCACUGGCAUAUGCGGGUGGCGCUGUGGCCUAAACCACUGAUCCUCUUGGGCUUGCCAAUCAGAAGGUUGGCUGUUCAGAAGGUUGGUGAGCUCCCGUUGCGCUGUCCCAGCUCCUGCCAACCUAGCAGUUCAAAAGCACACCAGUGCAAGUAGAUAAAUAGGUACCGCUGUGGCGGAAAGGUAAAUGGCGUUUCCAUGCACUCUGGCUUCUGUCACAGUGUCCCGUUGCACCAGAAGCGGUUUAGUCAUGCUGGCCACACGACCCGGAAAGCUGUCUGUGGGCAAACGCCGGCUCCCUCAGCCUGAAAGCGAGAUGGGCGCUGCAACCCCAUAGUCGCCUUUGACUGGACUUAACCAUCCAGGAGUCCUUUACCUUUUUUAUAUAAGUCCCACUGAACUCAGUGGAGCUCGCUUCUGAGGAGACACAUAUAAAAUUUUACUAUAAAUGUAAUAUUUACCACAUGGAUUGGCCUGGAUUUCUUGAAGAGCUCCUGUAUCCAUUACAGUCUUCAUUACAGUCUUGGUCCUUAAAAUUUGUUUUAACUUGUUGGAAGCUGCCCAGAGUGGCUGGGACAACCUAGUCAGAUGGACAGCAUACACAUAAUUUGUUUUUGUUGUUACAGUUACCUGUCUUUAUUUCAGUUAGCACUGAAAUGAUCUGAACAUCUUGUCAACCCGUUUCAAAUAUAUUAGAACCACAGGCACUUGGAAGCAUUUUCCACAUUCUCCACACGGUGGCCAAAAUUUUUUGUUUCAGCCUUAACAGUUGCUCAUAUGUGCUUCAUGUACCUGCUACAUUACUAGAGAAUUAGAGUAAGAUUCAAAUGUUAUAUUACAUAGGGCUGCCAUACAUCUGGGAUUCAUUCAUCGGAACGGAAUUCUCAAAAAUUGGUUAAAAUUUCUGGGGAAACCCAGUCAUAUGGCAGCCCAUAUCAGAAGCUCAACAACUUUUGUGUCCGGAUGUUCACUUUUUGAAAUAUGGCAACCCUAUACUCAUAGAAUUUCAUUUCUUCGCAUAUUUUUGCCUGCCAACCUUUGUUAUAUUUACAAAUUGAUCUAUUGCCUUGUAAUUUACUGUGUGCGGUGAAAAGUAAGAGUAAUUGAGAGCUAAGAUGUUCACAUGUAGAAUGUUUUCAUUCUUUCUGAGAGUAAAAUAGAAAAAACUCAAAGUAACACUGAUACUUUCUUUACAGACUGUGGAUUGAACGUACACAAACAGUGUUCAAAAUACGUCCCCAAUGACUGCCAACCAGACCUCAAGAGAAUCAAACGAGUCUACUGCUGUGACCUCACCACACUAGUGAAGGCCCACAAUUCACAGAGACCCAUGGUAGUGGACAUAUGUAUUCGAGAAAUCGAAGCAAGAGGUAUUUACAUGUUGAUGAAAUAGGAUUUCCUUCACUGGGUUACUAGAACGCUAAUAUAAUAUCACUGACUGACAAACGUAAUCAGAUAUUAUAUUACAGAAAACUAAGUAAUUUUAAAUUACAUGUUUUAUAUAAAAUCUGAUUUCUUUAUAUUCCUUUGUGGGGAAAAGUUUUAUGAACAAAUUGUUUAAAGCAUUUACUUUGAAGAACAACUUAACCUCAUUUGGUUGAGGAAGCGAAUUAUAGUUCACUACUACCACCACACAAACAAUGUGCGUUGUUUUAAUUAUUUAAUAUAUUUAGCUACAUUUUUCAAUGUAGAAAACUAUGCCCCCUCACAUUUAAUUUUUCCAGUAAAUAUUGCACUUUCCAAUUAAAACUGUUGGGAGCUAUAGUAAAGUCCAAUUGCUUUCAAAAUGAUAACCAAGCCUAUGUCGCAGAAACUAAUGUGAAAUGAACAAAUGCAUGUUAAGAUAUUAAUGUAAAAUAAACUCUUAGCCUAUAAAUAAUAGAAGAAAAUACUUAUAGAAGGCUUCAAUAGGGCGAGAUAUAAAUUCAAUCAAUCAAUCAAUCAAUGUGUAUAUCAUAAAUCAAACCUAGAACUGUUAUAGGAAAUUUAAAUCUCUCGAUUGUGCCACCGGGGUUGUGUCCAAUUAAGUUCUACACAGUGUAAAAUGGACUGGAAUAUAUUUAAUUAAGUUAAUAGACCAAAGUUAAUCAUUUCCAGUUAACCCACAUCAUCUUAGUAGCUGAGUGAGUAUAGAUAUUAGAAGACAAUGGUGUGGAUCCACUGCCAGAUUUACGUACGUAUAAGCUAAACAAGCUAUAGCUUAGGGCCCCAGUCUCUUCGGGCCCCCCAAAAAAAUUAAAGGGGAAAAAACUGGAUGUACAUUUCCAAAAUAUAAGAUAAAAAACAAAUAAAAUAAAACCUACAUACAGCAACAGUGUUUUGUAUUGUGUAGGCUCCUAUGAUGUAAGUAAUGGGCCCCGCCUGCUAGCCUGCUCCCUAAAAUAUCCCUGGUUUGCUCAUUUCUAUAUAUAGGGUGCCUGCAUUCUGCAUGUGCAAAUGACUUUAGAUACCCAUUAGGUCCAUAAAUUACCAUAUAGCAUAUAUUCAACACAAAAAACAGUGACAAUUUGUUGUUGACAAAGGACAGCUGGAUAUAUAAAGGGUCCCACUACCUUCAGUAGCUUAGGGUCUCAUCAAACCUAAAUCUGGCCCUGUGUGGAUCCCAAGAGAAGUGAAAUUUAGGAAUUUUACAGCAGUUUUUGAUGCCCUCUUCCCACCUGAAGCCACCAGCGCCCCCACCCCCAAGAAUCCACCCUUCUGGACAAUGUGGGAUGUGGCAUCUGAGGCUGCUGGAAGAGGAGCUUUGAAGUUCAGAGAAUGAAAGAGCCGCCUUUUGGAGGAUUUCAGAUGGCUGCAGGGACAAGGAGAGGAUGGGAAACUUCCUUGCACUUCCUCAAAUUGAUUUCCGCUACAAUCCAAGCCAUUAGCUUAAAUUAAGUCAUCAUCCUUAUGUGGGAAAGGUCAUACAGCUCAGUAAGAGAACUAAUGGGUUGCAUGCAGGAAAUUCUAUAUUAAAUUCCUGUUAAAAAAAAGAGAGAAAAGGCUAGCAAGCCUUGGAAGGCUCUCUGCCUGAGACCUUGGAGAGCGGUUGCUAGGAUAGAAGGUUCAAGGCCCUUCCAUGGUCCCAUUCAUCACUUGAAGCAUCUCUCUACUUCCUUGCAACGCUCAGUUGUUACAAGAUGAAUUGCACCCUUGUGCUUAAAUAGUGUCAGCCUCCCUUUCCAACGUAGGGAUUUCAAGUUAUCUGUUAUAGAUCCUCAAACCAAUCCUCCAAUUUUCUCCCCUACACACAUGGUGUGUGUGGAAAAAACCCUCAUUCUUUAAAAGCUAAUGAUUGCUGUUAUGGGCCUAAAGGGGGCAUAACUAACCAACUGUGAGAGCUCUGUCAAAAGAUGGCUAUAUGAUGAGUAAUUUCUCUUGUUCCGAGAAUUCGGGAGGCAGAAGCUAACUUGUGAAAAGAAGUAAAAAAUAACUGGAGUGUGAAAAUGUAUCCCUAGACUAAACAGCAGCUGAUGAAAUUUUUGCCUGCAGGUUUGAAGUCAGAAGGGAUUUACAGAGUCUCGGGGUUCACUGAACACAUUGAAGAUGUCAAAAUGGCCUUUGAUCGAGGUACAGUACAUUUUAGCUGUGGAAAGCCUGUCGGCAAUAUUUUAGCUUUCGAAAGCUUGUACAUACCCUGUGUUCAUUGGCGUUGCACAUGUUUUGAUGGUGUAAUAAUGAGAGGCCCACAAUACUUUCAGGCUAUUUUAUUAUGUACUGGUUUCUAUUGGCAUUUACCACGUAUGUUAAAACAUGUCUUGGGGUGAGUAGGAAGAUGCACAGUGUCUCAAAACAUACCUAUUUGAACUGCUUCGUUUCAGGAAGGACUAUACCACGUUCUGUUUCUGCAUAUUAAAUUCUGCCCCCCACCAUCUCUAAAAUAAUGAGGGUCUAAAUGACAUUAUCACUAUACUAUAAGGCCAGUUGAGCUUUAGAGUAAAAAUCAGGUCAGUAUAUUUGUGACUGUUAAUUCGACUGAGUAAGCUUGAUAGGAAUAAUGUUUAUUUAUUCUUCCACGGAAUGAAUAUGGAUGCUGUACAGCAACAGUCGCUCACUGUGCUGGUAUUGUUGACCAGUUCUGUUCCUGCUAGCAUAUAAAACAUUCAUUGUACAGCUUGUUCAUAGAGUUCUCAUUGUAACAAGUGCAUUCUGAGCUUUAGUUGGUUGUUUGUCCUGCUUGGCACCACACAUCUCAUAUUUGAGGGUUGUUACUAAAGAAGGAUCUACAUCACUAUUUUUUUCUGCUUUAUUUUGUUUUGUUUUUUUGCAAAGAGGCAUUAGCCUCAUUGGCACUAAUGGGAACUUUUUUACUAAGCCUCAUGGGCACAUGAGGGGGUUAAUAUUCAGGGAGACAUGGCUAGCAACUGAAGAGAGAAACCUCAUCUCCUCUUUUGUUCUGCCCUUCAUAACUGCAAUUAAUUUAAGAAAAAUAAGAGUAAUACAUGUUAUGCAUUAAGCAUUGUGGGUAGAUUCACCUUUAGUAUGUGUUAUAAACUACGGGCAAACACAAUUUCUCUUGUCAGCUUGUUUAAAAUAUGGCCACUGAACUUUGAGAUGCAUGUGAUUCCUACCACAAGGAGACUAGCGAAGUGACCUGUUCCUCAACAUGCCACCAUAACUUGUUUGGUGGUCUGUGGUUGCAUAAUUAACAUAGGAAUUUAUUAAAAUGCUUAUAUACUACUAUUUCAUUAAAAAAAAAAGCAGUUCCACAUCGUAAACAGCUGCACACCAACAGUUCAUCGUGCCAAACAGCUUCCCUGUGUUUGGAUUUAAAAUAGCUUAUAGGUUGUAUGAAUUUGCUAAAUUUGCAAGAAUUGUACUCUAGAAAUUCAGCAGUUGCAGAGAUAGUUAUGUGUAGACUAAGAUGUUAUUUUUCUGGUUCAUUCAUCAUUGGUAUUUUCCACAUGCCCACCUAGGUUGCUUUCAAAAUGUUACUGUUUUAAAAAAAAAAAUCUAUUCAGGACAGUGAGCUGUUGAGGACAAAGUUGCUAAACAAGCAAACAAACAAAGAUGGCUGCAUGUGGCUUGUUUGUGAUGGACCCCUUGACCGAAUCAUGGUCAAACACCUCCAAAGUACUGCAGCUUCCUUUAUCAGUACCACUGCUCUCUAAAACUACUUAUUUUCUCCAGCUGGCUGAUUCUUAUUAGCAUCCAAUAACACCAAUUUUCAGAACGAGCAAUUGUUUAUACACCUGCAGUUUGUGGCAUAUUGCAGUUCACGAAAGAGUACAUUUGUUUUCUGGAGUGCCUUUUGAAUGUUUGAAAAGAAAAAAUACAGUGAUGGAAUCCAUAGAUACCAUAGAUUCUUAGAGCAAUUCCAGUUUGAGCAGUGCUUUUCAUCAGAAUUAAUUUUUUUAUUUGCUAUGUGUCUAGAGCAGGGGUCAGCAAACUUUUUCAGCAGGGGGCCAGUCCACAGUCCCUCAGACCUUGUGGGGAGGGGCGGACUAUAUUUUUUUUGGGGGGGGGGGAAAUGAACGAAUUCCUAUGCCCCACAAAUAACCCAGAGAUGCAUUUUAAAUAAAGGCACAGAUUAUACUCAUGUAAAAACACCAGGCAGGCCCUACAAAUAACCCAGAGAUGCAUUUUAAAUAAAAGGACAUAUUCUACUCAUGUAAAAACACACUGAUUCCCGGACCGUCCGCGGGCCAGAUUGAGAAGGCAAUUGGGCCAGAUCCGGUCCCCGGGCCUUAGUUUGCCUACCCAUGUUCUAGGGUGCACACAUUCCUGCCUUUUAAGUGGCCUUCAGUCUUUCCCCAUCCGUUUAGCUUAUAACAAGUUACAGGCAGAGAGAUACUUACCAACUUCCAAGUAAAACUCCUCCAUGAUAUGACUUGCUGUGAUAACCUAUGAAUGUCACUUUUAUUUUGUAAACGUGCAGAUAGCCUGAAAAGGGGAUAUGGCAUUCUGCUUUACCAUAUCUGGAUGGAUAUAGAGGCAGCUGCAGCAUUUUCCCCCACAAAGCAUUUGCUUUCACUGUAGCACUUUAGAUCUCAUUGUACUGCAAUUAAAUAGAGCCGUCCAAACAACGUUUUAUAAUACUAACGCUACCGUACCAAGUAUAUGAGGAUAAAUAUGAGCCUGGCUGGUGCAGAAUAAACACUGUGAUGGAAGUACUGGUGCUGUAUUAGAGUAAAUGCUAAUAUGCGGGUUCACUCUGCUGUAUCAGAUACAUAGACUGUUUGUUUUAAAGACUUGAUCCCCAGUCACAAACACAUUUAUAAUUACACUUGAAGAUUCACUCAGUUACAAUUUAGCUCCUUCCUAAUAAGUAUGAUUAUUGCUGCGCUGUUAAACUUACAAUUUGGCCUUCACAAGUAACUCAGCUAUACAUCUGCUCUAAAUAAAAAUUUUUGUGGAUAUAUUUCAUGUCGCUUCAAGUUUAAUGCCACAGGUUUCUUCGCAAAAUGAUUAUUUAUUCUGCUAAAUACAAAUGCAUUUUAAAACUUUAUUGCAGGGCUUUUCAUAAGCAAAACAAAGUACUGUGACGUAGAGGAAGGAAUAGGUACAAGGACCUAUUUUAAAGCAAGACCUGAGAAAGCAGGUUUAUCACUUGUUUUCUAAAGGGACAGAAGAGUGGAUUACUUCUGAACAAAUUUAAACUUUGUGCCUGAAAACUGAACUACUUAGUAAACUGUUCCUAAAACACUCUCUCUCCCUGCCCCCCCCCACCACACAAAUAAGAUUUUAUACUCAUGGUUUUAUAAUAGUUCCUUAUGUGCUGCACUGAUAGUUUCACUGAAAGGUAUCCUUAAAUCUUUUAAAUAAAAUGAGAUUGGUCUACUACAGUACACUGUUCAAGGGACUGUCUUUGAAAUGCCUUCAGAAAAACAUUUCAGCUAGUACAAAUUGAUCCAGCAAAUGUGUUUGCUGGAGCCAGUGUAUGGGAACGUGCAACUUCUUGAUUGUUUUAGCUUCACUGGCUGAAUAAACUCAGGGGUAUAUAACUCAAGGCGUUCACUUUGAAGCCUUAAAAGAGUUUGGGAUAAGCAUUCAUAAGGGAACAUGUCUUCCCAUAUGGUCAUAUGUCCAUCCACAGAGGUUGACAUCGGAAGAUCCAUAGGCACAUCCCAGCUCCGUCUGAGGUAUAGUUGGUAGGGAUGUGUGAAAAGGUAUCCUGUGUAGUGUCCAGGUUAUGGAACUUCUUCAUUUUCCAGUGAUUCAAAACCCAAACAUGAGCAAUGUUUGACAAGAUAACUCAAGAAUGUCUUUGGCAAAAGAAAAAGUAGGACCUUUAAACCAUCUCAUUCUUUUCUAGAUGGUGACAAGGCAGACGUCUCUGCCAACAUAUAUCCAGACAUAAAUAUUAUUGCUGGAGCACUGAAGCUGUAUUUCAGAGAUCUGCCUAUCCCGGUUAUCACCUACGAUACAUAUUCCAAGUUUAUAGAUGCAGCAAGUAAGUACUGAGGCAUUUCAUUUAUUUAUAUAGUUUUGUCAUAACCUUAACUCCACAAUUCUAAAACUCCUGCAGCAGCAGGAAUACUGGAUUUGUUUAAUUGUAUUUUUUAUUGAACUUUGAAAUCUGCAUCUGAUAAAGCUUACAAGAAUCUUGUUUUGUAUCACGUAGAACUCUCCAAUGCUGAUGAAAGACUAGAAGCUGUCCACGAAGUGUUGAUGUUACUUCCUGCAGCACAUUACGAGACUCUUAGAUACCUGAUGAUUCAUCUCAAAAAGUAAGCGAAUUUGCCUAUAAAAGGAGGCUUGAUCAUCUUUCUUUCUUUCUUCAUAAAGAAAUAUGCUUUAAAAAGCAUUUUAAACUGUCACUGCAGAAGAAAUUUCUGGCAACACAGCCAGACGGGUGGGGUAUAAAUAAUAAAAUUAUUAUGAGUAAUUUUAGUAGUAGUAGUAGUAGUAUCUUCAAAUUUUAACCAGUUUUACGACGCUGUGAGUUAAACUACUGAGCCUAGGACUUGCUGAUCAGAAGGUCGGCGGUUCGAAUCCCCGCGACGGGGUGAGCUCCCGUGGCUCGGUCCCUGCUCCUGCCAACCUAGCAGUUUGAAAGAAUGUCAAAGUGCAAGUAGAUAAAUAGGUACCGCUCCGGCGGGAAGUUAAACGGCAUUUCCGUGCGCUGCUCUCGUUUGCCAGAAGCGGCUUAGUCAUGCUGGCCACAUGACCUGGAAGCUGUACGCCGGCUCCCUCGGCCAAUAAAGCGAGAUGAGCGCUGCAACCCCAGAGUCGGCCACGCCUGGACCUAAUGGUCAGGGCUCCCUUUACCAAUCAACAAGUCACAGCCAUAUAAGUAAACCAGAAAUGUUAGACAUGUAGAAAGAUACCUGAGAGUACAAUCAGUCAUCAUAGAGAUCACAGUUAAUUCAAAACUUUGUUUCCAAGUGGGUUCACACACACACAAAAAGGUUUAGUUUAUUACUAAAAGUGUAGGGGGAAAAAUUGACGACCAGUUUGUCCACGGGGGCCCUUCACAUGGAACUCUCCUGCCCACGUCUAAUUGUGCUCCCCCCUUUCAAAAAAGGUGAGUAUGCUGCACUGAUCUCCUGUCUCCAUUUAAGUGCACAGCGUAACUUACCAGCCUGCCAACACUGACGUCACUGCAGCUUUCUUGGACAGAGCAGUUGCACAACAAAUUGACACUACGGUGGGAGCUGGAGCCAGUAUGGUAUAGGCCUGUGGGUGAACCAACAGAACCAUUAUGGUACAGGCCCAACCUUAUUCCUGCCUUGUCCUCCAAUAUUUCCAUCCAGGUUGCCAAAAAGUUGAUGUUGGAAAGGUGGCUCCAGCCACCACCACCCCCCCAGGCCACUAUUGCAGUGCAGAAACAACCAUUAUUCAGCAUGUGAAGCAAACAUCUACUAUAUAUUUUGAAAAGUAGUUUCUCUGUGCCCUAUGCAUUUGGACACCUCUUAAGAUAUACGGAAACUUUGCAUGACGGUUCCUAAGAUCAAGGAGCAGGUGUUUGUUUCUGUUUGGAUAUAACCUUGAAUCAAGAUUGCUAACUAAGCCAGGCAUAGGCAAACCCGGCCCUCCAGAUGUUUUUGGCCUACAACUCCCAUGAUCCCUAGCUAACAGGACCAGUGGUCAAGGAUGGUGGGAAUUGUAGUCUCAAAACAUCUGGAGGGCUGAGUUUGCCUAUGCCUGAACUGAGCUUUUCAAAACUGCACUUUUUUGUGUUUUCCUAGAAUUCCCAAUCAGUUCUGGGUAUAAAGAAAGGGUGGGAAAACAGUUUAACAGAGAUAUCACUUUUCUUUCACCUUUAGGAUUACCAUGAAUGAAAAAGACAAUUUUAUGAACGCUGAAAAUUUGGGAAUAGUGUUUGGACCUACUUUAAUGCGACCCCCAGAAGACAGCACUCUUGCGACACUCAAUGACAUGCGGUACCAGAAACUCAUUGUGCAAAUAUUGAUAGAAAAUGAAGAUGUUUUGUUUUAAAUGAACAAAGCUAUAAACUCAUGGCCAUCUGCUAUGAAAAUACAAGUUCAAAGGGAAAACAAAUUCCCAUAAGAAAAAAAAGGGUAGCACAUUAUUUUCUGCAGUGUUGCAGAUGAACACCAAAACAUUUAGUUAAAAGGGUUUGUCUUAUAGACAUAUGCCUCUUUUUUAAUUAUUUAAGAAAGAACAAAGGUCAGAAGAAAAGCAUCUUGCCUUGUAUCUUUUGCCUUGCUUCCAGUGUUAACGAUGUAGAAAGGUUACAGACUGUUCUACUGUAACUUAUUAAAGGACACAAACUUUGUAUUUUAUUUAGAUCAUUGAAGCAAAAAGGUACUUUCAACCUGAUGCUCAAAGUACUAUGCUGGCACAGUUCCUAUUGAAAAGAACUGGGUCAGCAUAGCAGACUUGUAAGAUUGUAGUUGAAAACCUUGAUUCAAGGAGGGUAAACCAUAUAUGGGGGGGGGGAAACAGGUUUCUUGCAUCCUGCUUUGGCAUGCAAUGAUUUCUAGAUCAUGGUAGUUAUGUGGAAAUAAGUGGAAUUGGACUUGAUGGGAUUUAUUUUCCCCAUGACAACCAUAAUGUAGUGCUCAAGACAUGCUCUCUACUAUUUCAGUUGUGUUCCUCUUACUGAAAAUAAUGGCAAAUUAAGUAGUAGGAUUGUAACAAUGUCCAUGAUCUGAUUCCAAGCAGAGCUUCUGUACAGGCAGGGUCUUCCUGGUUCUCUUCUAUGAACUGUAUAAUGCCUUGUAUCAGAACAAAUAAUUUCUGUAUACAGUCGUACCUUGGUUUUCGAACAGCCUAGUUCUCGAAUGUUUUGGCUCCCAAACAAUCGAAACCUGGAAGUGACUGUUCCGGUUUUCGAACGUUCUUUUGGAAGCCGAACAUCCAACGGGGCUUCCGUGACUUCUGAUUGGCUGCAGGAGCUUCCUGCAGCCAAUCAGAAGCCGCACUUUGGUUUUUGAACGCUUUGGAAGUCAAACGGACUUCCAGAAUGGAUUCUGUUCGACUUCCAAGGUACAUGGGCAGCAUUUCUAUUCACACAGGAGAAAAGGAAGACCCUACCUUCAGGAUAUUUUAUCUUGUCCGAUAUCUUAAGGAUCAGGUUGUUUGUCAGUAUUAGUUUUUAUGGGGGUAUACAAUUUCUUUCUAAUUAAGACAUAAUUAUACUAUGUCUAAAUGGAAACAAACAUGUAUUUAAAGUAUAUUUUUAUUUUAGUUAGCUGCAGGAAUGUCAUUUUAUUUUAGCAAGAUAUAAUUCAAUGCGGUGCAUUGAUGACUUUCCGUAUAGUUCUCUUAAGCAUUAUUGCUAUGGAUAUUGAAAACAUUUACCACUAGUGCAGUAUUACCCUGACAUACCUCUUUCAUUGCAAAUGCUUUUAAUGAGACUUCAUUUCUCAUGCUCAUCUUAAUAUUAUUUGGUUUGUUAUGUUCUAGCAAUUCAUGUUCUUUGCUUUUAGAGGUAUACAAAUACAGUAUUCUAUUUAUCCACCUCCUUCCAAAAAGAGGAGCUCAAAGGUUUAUAAACAGACACUAGCAUCAACUACUACACGUAACACAUUUUUUGGAGUACAGUAAUGUUUAAAAUAAGUGAUGCCAGAAUAUUGGAUAUUACCUGGCCUUGCUUAAAAGUUAGCACUUAUUUAGGGUUAAUUUUUUAUUAUUAUUUCUAAAAAUCAAGUUGCAUUACUUUGCUUCUGUAUUUAUAAAAGUAAAAAAUUACACACUUUUCUUCAGUGUCUUCUGACAAAUUUGUUAAUAAAGGAAAGAGAGGUGAAGGAUAGAGAAUUGGUAUAUUACCAAAUCUUGGGGGGGGGGGGGUGUUAUCUUUCAAAAGGUUGACCUCUCAAUGCAAUAUAAUGAAAUUCAUCCUAAUAUUAGACUUUUUUCUCACAUGGAAUUUUCUCAUCGUGAGAUUUUUUUGUACAAAUAUUUCAAACACAAAGGUAGCAUAGUUUAUUACGAAACUGAAUUUGCAAUACAAAAGACUCUAUUGAGCUCUGCUCUUGAUUUGUACAAAUCCUAAGUUUCAAAACCCAAUUAUGCUGUUUUCUGAAUUAUUUCAGGGAGCAUAGGUUUCUAUUAAAAUUGGGGUGGGGAGUGUGCAACAUGGAUAAUGAAGAAAGAGUAAAGACAAAAGGAGGCACAUGAAAUAAUGUAUAUCAGUUAUCCUUUACAUAGGUCACCAAGGGCUAAGUAGACCGACCCAGGCUGCAGGCCAGAUGUAAGUGAGGUCUGCUUUGCUGGUACAAUGCUAGAAGGGAUUCUCCUAAGUUGUACAGAUUUCAAUUGUUGUAGGUUUAUGUACUAAAUACUGUCAUAAAAUGGUAUGGAAAUGGUUUUAUUUUGUGAAGUGAAAUAUGCUUUGUAAUUUAUGAUAGUGUAAAUGGAAAGGGGGGAGAAAUAUCCCAUUAAAUGUGUUGAGUCCCUGUCUGUAAUUUUCACUGCAAGCGAAAACACUUGGUUUCUCUAUGCAUUUUUUAAAAAAUAUUGGUUUAAGGAUCUGCACAUUUUUCAUACAGUUUACAUGCAACGAGUUGUUUAAAAAUGAUUUUGCUGAUAGAACUAAUAUAAAAGUAAUUCAAAUAAUAUAUAGACUUAUCAGGUGUUCUAAGAUUCAUACAACUUCCUACAUUUAACCUGACCAUGUUUCUCUUUCCUUUGCCUAUCUUAACAAGAUAGAAGAUACUAUAUUUUAUGUUUUAGUUUCCUGGUAUUAAGUACUACAGUCACUUAUCAUUAUCUUACCAAUUUUAAUACAAAACUCAAGUAUGGAAGAAAGCUACAUUAUGUUAUCCAAGAAAUGUCCUCCCUUUUAUUAUUUCCUUUUCUUCCACAUGGCUCUCAGUAUGUUGAAUCACAUUAUUCAAAGGCUUAUUAAGUGCCUGAAUGAGAAAACACGCUGAACUAUAUUACAGAAGUUUCUUCUUGUACUAUUUUAUGGAAACUGGUUUUGCCAGUUUGUUUUUUGAGCUCAAGAUGCAUUGUACAUAAUACAAUGACUACAUAAUACAUCCCAGGGCUGUGCCCAAAGUCCAUACUGAAAUCUGGCAAUGAGGUCUCAAGAGGUAAAACUGAUCUCUGCCUAAAAAGCCAUCAUUUCACUGGUGGGCUUCUGCAAUUUAUUUGCGGGAGGGUACUUCGCAUACCUUGAGCUUCACAAACAAACAUCCCUGACACACAUUCCCCAGCGUCUCUUGUGCUCUCUGAUGCAUCUCCAAACUCUUAAGUACACUGCGAGCCUGUAGACUAAUGGCAAAUGAAUCAAUGCCUUUAAAGGGGUCAGUAACAGGACAUAGUGUCUUCAUUUCCAACUAAACUGCUACUAUAUAAACACAAGAAGUGCAUAAAGGUCUUCUGAAGUCCGUGUGAAAUCUUGCGACUGUUUUGUACUGAUAACUUUCAACAAGUUCAGAAAGCCCUCCAAUGCUCUUUGUAUCCAUCAUGCUAACUCUAUUGUGCCCACCUGUUCCCUGUCUCGGGUACCUAGCAAGGCUCCCUUCCUAAAACAACUUCAGAGAAGGUCAAAGAACCUGCUUAUUUUAUCAUACAGGCAACUCCCAAUUUACAUGGCGAUUACAUUCCAUGGCACCAUGUCUUUAAGUGAAAUCGCAUAUAUCUGAAACGCCAUUGAAAAAGCCCCCAUUCUGUCUGCACCCCUGUCCCAUUCUGCCCCUUUUGUGAUGUUUUUGUGACGUUUUUGGGUCACUUCCCAGGUUCAGUUGCACAAAUAUUUGAUGCACCUAAAACAAUUGCUGCUUGUACACACCAUCCUUAAAUUCCUGAGGGCUGGAAUCUGUUGUGGAGAAAGAAAUUCUCAAAUUAUUUUGAGAUUUAGGUGGCAGGAUAGAUAAAUGGUGACCUCUCUAGAAUGAGGAGAGUUUUUAUAGAUAAGAUCCAGGUUGUGAAAAUUAAUGACUUGCCCAAAACGAUCUAAUUGUUAACUCCAAUCUCAAGUGUCCUCUGUCCAAGGCCAGCAUUCGACUAUUGGGCAGCACUGCCUUCACACUACUGCCUGAAGCCACUGCACAUGGCCUGCUUCACUUAAACACUCCUAUGAAUAUACAGCCAGAUCUUACACAAGUUUACUUGGAAAUGCUCUCAACUUUGUUGAAACUUCAUACAAAGAAAGCGUGCCACCUUUCAGCGGCGAAACUAGGCUUUAUUUCACCUGGAUCAAAGACCCAGUUUGGCGCCACCCCACACAAUUUCAAAUACAUACUGUGGGGAGCCUCAAUGGGGCCCCUCUGAAACCUUCACCCGGGGCAAAAAAACCCCAGCUAGCUCUGUACAGGAGCAUCCUGGCUGCAGAAGUGCCCAUUAACAGGAACUGCUGUGUUACCCCGUGUUUUGUGGGACAUGUGGACUCUGCAGCUGCUUCAGUUUUGCUGUGAUUGCUUAGGGUUGCUUGGGUGAAUCAGGCACACUGGUGCAGCCCCCCAGAGCCCAGACAGCAACCCCCUACAGACACAUCCUAAGACUUAUCACAGCUUGGGAACACACGGCCUAAGACGCCACACAAAAUGUGGGCAGCGGAAAGCACUCUUCGAAACAAGCAGGGUUUUACAAAGCCUUAAGAGAACGAUUGUGCCUGGCUCUCUCUCAUCCCUGCUCCUAGCCAAAUGGUCACAUGGGCACCAAGUGUGCCAGAAGCGGGGAGAACUCAUGACAGCAUUACAAGGAAAUCAGCGCAGGGCUGAGGAAGAGAGCCAAGUUGUGUGCUGCCGCCAUGGCCAGCUUCCAAAAGAGAUCAAAGUUGUGCCCUGUAACUCCCUUUGCCUCUUGAUUUAUACCGUGCUACUACUCCUUCUUCUUCCCAGGCCAAUCGUUGUCCAGCUGCCCCUGCGAGAGGGACCAAUCCCGUUUAGGGAGGAGGAGAAGGGGCGGGGUCGCUUCUCGAGGGCUCACCUGCACCUGCUUCCUUGUUGCCUGAGCAUCAGGUGCACCGCUCAGACCUUUCGAGGAAAGUGAGUCGGGCGGGUGGGAUUCCCUCGCCACGAAAAGCGCGCGCGAGAGAAAGCUGGCUCCCUUACAGCGCGGCCGCUCUUUCCCAAGCGCCCCCCCCCCCCAGCUGCUCGCGGUCGUCCCUAGAGACGGCUAGCUGAAAGGCCGGCUUCCGACGGCGGAUUGUUCUUCACCUGCGAAAGUUGGCGCUCCCUUUUGGAGCGGGCGGGCGCCGGAAGGAGGCCAAGUUCCCUGGCUCGCUCUCUCGCUCGCUCGCUCUCAAGAGUCAGCCUGUUGCUGCGGCAGCGAGUAGUUCCCUCAGAGAAGGAAGCCCAGGUAACGACGCUCUCGGCGAGAGGAUGGACUGACUCCCUCCAGCACCGCGCCUGCUCAGGAGGAAGAAGAAGAAGAGGCGCUCCUCCGGCGCACAGGUGAGAGCCCACGAGGACGCGCCUUCGCUUGCUUUCUCCUCAGCCGGCAGGUGCUCUCUUCAACAGGUGCCCGGCAAGAGCCCUUUCCGCCUGCGUCUCGCGCGCUCCCGACCUGGAGGGGGAGUGGGGGUGGGAAUCUGCCCAGAGGCGCCCACCUGUCGCGCAGCGCUAAGGGCGCGCGCGCGCUGCUCACCUUGCACGAGCGCACCUUGCAUGCAGCAUGAAAGGCAAGGGGGAGGGGCGCGCCUGAGAGGCGGGCGGGAGGGGGGCUUCCUCAGCCUGGUCAGGGGGAGGGGGAGCAGCCGGCAAAAGAUGCUGCGUGGGCGGGCGCGGAGCUGGGCUGCCACCUCCUUCCUGUCAGCUGCCCUAAGUGCGGACGCAAGGGCGCUUCAGCGUGGCUGAGGCGGAGCAAUUGGGGAUUUUCUUGCCUUCGCACGGUGAGUUGAGUGGGACUUAUUCCCCAAGAAGUGUGCAUGGGAUUCUAUCUAUCAUCUAUCUAUCUGUCUGUCUGUCUGUCUAUCUGGUUUAUAGAUUUAUUACAGUGGUACCUCAGGUUACAGACGCUUCAGGUUACAGACUCCGCUAACCCAGAAAUAGUGCUUCAGGUUAAGAACUUUGCUUCAGGGUGAGAACAGAAAUCGUGCUGCGGCGGCACAGCGGCAGUGGGAGGCCCCAUUAGCUAAAGUGGUGCUUCAGGUUAAGAACAGUUUCAGGUUAAGAACAGACCUCCAGAACGAAUUAAGUACUUAACCCGAGGUACCACUGUACUAUUUACAGAUUUAUUACCUUUAUCUUCCAAGGAUCUCAAGGUGUGUACAUGGUUCUCCCUCCUCAUUUCAGCCUCACAAAAAACCCUGUGAGGUAGGUUAGGCUAAGGGAUGGUGACUGGCCCCAAGGUCACCCAGUGGGCUUCAUGGCUGAGUGGGGAUUUGAACUCUGGCCUCCCAAGUGAUAGUCCAGCACUCUUAAUUUAUUCCUGCAUUGCAGGGGGUUGGACUAGAUGACCCCUUGGGUCCCUUCCAGCCCUUGCGGUUCUACGAUUCAAUCCCAAAGACACGUGCCAUGAACUAACAGUGCCGACCUGUACAUGUUUGCUCUGAGGAAAGCCCUGUUGACUUCAGUGGGACUUGUUGCUAGCUAAGUGUGUACAAGAUUGCAGUCCAAGGCUGCAAUCCUGGGUCAUAUACUUGGCAGCAAGCCCCACUGAAGACAUCUGGGCUUUCUUCUGAUUAAAGGUGCAUGGGGUCAGUUUUAUAAUCCCGCUGAAUGAACUUAACGGGAACUAUGUCUGAGGGUCCCGGUACACUACUGUAAUCUCUGAAGAGCUCUGAAAUGGAGGGUUGCUAUUUACACAUGCACACACCCCUUCCCUCCCUUUCUGCAUAAUAGGCAGAAAUCCAACAGGCUUUGUUUUUCCUCCAGUAGCUCUGGAUUAAGCAACCGGUAAAGGACAAUCCUAAAGAAGCAUGUGUAUAGCGGGCGAUGCAGUUUGGGGAUUAUAGCUCUGCUAUAAAAAAAUUCCCCCGUUUCACCCCACCUUUCAAAUUAGCAAAAUGUUGACAGCUAAGGGUUAUCUAGCCAUAAAAAAUAACCCCAGUUAUAAAGUGCAUUUUUCUGCUGUGUCCUCAGUUGCACCUGCUGAGUUGUUUCCUUGCACAGUACAGGUGCAACUUGGGCCCUCUAGCUAUGACUUGCAACAAGCUUAAUUAACAAAGGCAAUGAAGAGCUGCUACCUCAGUGUCCAAGUCCUGCUGGAAAGGGGGCCGCCACUAUUAGAUAAAUGUUGCAAUUAACUGUUCCCAAAAAAAAGCUUAGUUUAUCACUUUUACCUGCUGUUCGAAGGAACCUGCCUCAUUCUGGUCUUUGCAGCAAUUCAGUGAGUUGCAUUCUGCUCGAUGGAUUCUAUGUGUACAAAAUACUACACGCUGUGGGUGAAAUCCUGGCCCCAGUGCAGCCAGUAUGAAUGUUCCAUCAUUCAACAGAGCAAGAAUGUUUUCUUGCUUCACAAGCAAGCAGGAAACUUCUCAGAAAUGAAAGCAUGUUGAAGAUUUAGGAGAGAGUUUCUAAAGUGUCUGGCCCUACAUGUCAUGAUCAUCAGUUUAUGAUGACAAACCAUAGCACUGUUUGUGUGAUAAGGCUGUGCAAAAUCUGAAAGCUCCCUUGUAGGAAGGAGCAAGGUUUGCCUUCCAUUUCCUUAUCAAGCUGAAGGAACAACACCAGCGAACUUUUACAGAAACAUUUAUAGUUGGUUUGUGCAGCUGCAUGGAGAAGAACCACUUAUGUAGUGACUCAGCCGAUGUGUGCACAAAAUAGAAAACCAGUGAGUUAAGUUUGCAGAACGGAAGGGGCAUGCAUGUGACUGUCUCCUCCUAGCAGUUCAACUCCCAGGGUGAAGUAGUCCUAGGAAAUUAAUCCUCAGUCUCCAUGUCACAGAACCAUGAUAGCUAAACUGAACCUCCAUGUUCAGAGACAGUGUACUAUUAUUUAUUAACAUCUCACCCUCUGUCAUAAGAUACCCCCAGGGUGGGUAUAUAUAUGUCUGACUUCCAGGUCCUGGGAGGAAAAAAAGGAGUAGCCAUUACUAUUGUGAUUUGCUUGAAUAUUUCCUUAAGGUAUCUGCCUGUCAAUUAUUGGAACUAGAUUGACAACUGCAUUUAAGUCUGAUCAGACAGUAGGCCACAACUAGGGAGCAAAUGAGACCUACAGUACAUGUAUCUGGUGUCUGUAUGCCUUCAAGGAAUGCAUUAAAAAGAAAUUCCGAAAGUGCAGAAAAAUGAGCUAUAUUUGUGCCAUGCGUUCAAAGGGAAUGGAGAAGAGAAGAAACAAUCCCAACCAAGACAAAACACUGAUAACUGGGUAUAUCUGAUUAUGCAGAUAUGCUGAAACUAGAAUAUAGAAUACAUUUUUAAUUCUGUCUCUUCUACUUUGAAUAAAGUUUUGCUCUGCACGAGAUGGCUAGGUCUCAACUGGCUCACAAUCCAUCCUUAUCCAUGUUUACUUGGAAGUUGGGGUACUGAGUUCAGUGAAACUUAUGCCGAACUGCAGUUUUCUGCUCACUCAGUUUGGGUGGUUUUGGCCUAAGACCAAAUCAUUUUGUUCCCAUUGUUUGCUGUGAACAACAUACCAAUGCAAAAUUCACAAACCUGAAAAGUUAACAUUUCAAUCCCACUUAGCAAAUUUUUGUAAGCUGAUGGUGCUGAACUUUGCUGCAAAUGUAGCUGGACUUGUCAGGAGGUACUGCUGGAUCAGAAACCCAGUGUACUGGAAAUACCACAAGUCUCUGUUUAAAUCUUCAAACCAAAGAAGCUUUUGAUGAAUUGUGCUAAGCAACUGAAUUCUUGGUUGCUUAGCCAGUCUUGGAAAGGUUUAACUACUGCUAAUGACUUCAUUAGUACAAAAGAAGGUUAUGCAGUGUGGAAAGGUUUUAACUCUCCAAAGCAUUCUAGAUGAAUUAAAGUUUGCAUAGUUUCCUCACCAAUGUGCUUAGGAAUGGACACAGUUCCUAUCCUAUGAAAUCUAUCAACAGUGGCAGGUUGAGAGCAGCUGAGUCCCACUCAAUCCUCUGUCUUUAUCUGGGAGUAAGUCCCAUUAAAUUCAAUGGAACUUACUUGUGAGUAGACAUGCGCAGACUACUGCUGUUAGAAGCAAAGAUGAUAAGACACUGACAAAUUGUCUUAAUGCAAAACGUUGCCCAUUUCUGUGGACAUUAGACCUCUUGAUUUUCAAGACCAUUAGCUUGCACUUUGCCAUUAAUAAACUGCAACCCUAAGCCUUCUCAAUGAGCAUUAGACCAAGAAGCAGAGUUCAAAAACAUCGUAAGCAAGACAUAAGAAGUGGCCUACUGAGUGAGACCAAAGGACCAUCUAGUCCCGCAUCCUAUUUUCAGAGUGGCCAAUUAGAUGCCUAUGGGGAACUCACAAGCAGGACACGAGCUUAACAGCACUUGUGGUACCCAGCACACUAUCUUUCGUAGUGGUGGUACCCCCCCCGACCAUUAGAUCCAGUCGAGACCGACUCUGGGGUUGCGGCGCUCAUCUCGUUUUAUUGGCCGAGGGAGCCAGCAUACAGCUUCCAGGUCAUGUGGCCAGCAUGACUAAGCCACUUCAGGUGAACCAGAGCAGCACACGGAAACACCAUUUACCUUCCCACCUAUUUAUCUACUUGCACUUUGAUGUGCUUUCGAACUGCUAGGCAGGAGCUGGGACCGAGCAACGGAAGCUCACCCCAUCGCGGGGAUUCGAACCGCCAACCUUCUGAUCGGCAAGCCCUAGGCUCUGUGGUUUAACCCACAGCGCCACCCGCGUCCCUCAGCUUUAUGUACUUCACAAUAAAAAAAAUCUAAGGGAAGGGAAAGGGGGUGGACAUCCAGGAAAAAAGACAUUGGUAAUCUCACCUGCCAUUGCACCCAAAGUGCUUUGACUGUGUGUGAUUCUGGCUUUAGGCACGAUCCCCAAAACAUAACACCCACUUAAGUUACAGGCUUACUGUACACUAUUUAGCUAUGUACUGUGUGAUGCAUUUCUUUUGCCCAUCUUGAAUCUUCCAAGAGCUUCAUUGCAUGACCCCAGGCUCUUGUACAGGAGCAGAUAACUUGGAGCCUGCAAGCAGUACAUAAUUGUCAUUUAAAAAAAUAAUAAUUAAAUGACCAUUCCUAAGGAUCUAUGCAGAAAGGCUUCCUAAAUUUCUAAAAGUAAAAAAUUAUACACGCGCACACACAUAUUCUUGUAUGGACCACUCCUUCAAGACCCCCUGUUGUGAUUAUGGAAUGCCAGAAGGUACUUGUGAUAUCUCCAAGUGUGUUUUUUUAAAAGGCUACACCCACUUAUACACUUUGGCCACACCCACUUUUGCAUGCAAUACUCAGAAGGUUGGCCAUCGGUAAGUGCAGCCAUUGGGCUGAAAAAAAUGCUUGCUGCGCCUUUUCUAGUAUGAGGAGGGAGAAAAUACCUCUAAUCCACUUUCUUCACACUAUGCAUCUCUCUUUUUAACAUCUCUAUCCUGUCUCCCCUUACUCCCCCCGCCCCUAAACUUUAAAGUCCCAAAUGUAGAUUUCCUCAUGGGGAAGUGGCUCCAGUCCCUUGAUCAUUUGGGAUGCACCUUUUCUGCACUCCUUCCAGCUCUGGAAUAUUCCCCUUGAGGUAUGACAUCCAGAACUAUACAAAGCAUUUCAAGUGUUAUCACACCAUAGAUUUGUACAACUGAAUUAGGCAGUUUCGUUUUCAAUUCCCUUCCUAAUGAUCUUAGUAGACAUGGGUUUUGAUUUUUUUCACAGCUGCAUUUUCACUGACCUAUUAACUAUGAUUCCUAAGAUCUCUUUUCCAGAUAGUCACUGUCAGACCAGACACCACUGGCAUAUAUGAAGUUUGGAAUGUUGUUGUUGUUGACCCAAUGUGCAUCGCUUUAUACUUGCUUACAUUGAGUUAUAGUUGGCAUUUUAAUGCCUAUUCUGCCAAUUCAGGAGAGUUUCGUUUGGAAUUCUUCUCAAACCCUUUUUGUUUUAGCAUCCUCAACAGUUGUGUGCUAUCAGCAGAUGUGGACAUCUCAGUACUUUCUCCUAACUUCAUAUCAUUUAUGAAGUGACACAGUACAGAUCCUUGAGGGAUUCCACCUCCUACAUCCCUCCCAUUUGAGAACGGUCCAUUCAUUCCAACUCUCUGCUUCCUGUUCUCCUGUCUCCUUAUUCCAUGACUUCUAGUUUGCUCAGGAGUCUUUGGCGAGGGACUUUAUUGAAAGUUUUUUGAAAUUUAAGUACAUAAUGUCUACUGAAUCCUGCCUAUAUUCUCAAUUCAGACACCUCAGAAAUGCAGUCGCCCUCCCACUGGUCCUUUGGACACUUUUGUCCUUUGGACACUUUUUGAAAACUUAUUUACCCUGGAGUUUGGUUGAGAACGUUGAGAAUUCACUCUUCCUCACUGGACCGUAUAUAUAAUUUUGAUAUUUUAUGGCUGCUUCUGGUUUAAGAUAUUGUUUUGGCCCACUCUGGGAUUCUUAAUAAGAAGCAGGCCAAAAGUCUUCAAAUAACUGUUUGUUGACACUCUCAAAGAACUGAGAGACAACUUGAAGCAGCAAUGCUGGUGGUUCUUCUGUAUAUAAUAUAAAUAUAAUAAAUAAUAAAAUACAUAUUCAUUAGCAGGAGAUUCGGUUAGUGUGAUGACGACAUUUUUCACAAGCUUGUUUCUUUGGGGUUUUUAUUUAUUCAUUAACUCUCCUCCUGGGCAGAAAACAGGAAUGCUUUUCUUCCUUUCGGCAUCUUGCAGGAGAGCACCUGCAAAGCGUAUUACCUGGUUGGCUCUGCACCCUAGCACAUUUAGGGGUGCUACAUAUUUGGAAAACUGUUUUAUGUGUUUUUGUUUGGUUUUGUUAAUAGGUUUACAAGGAAAUGAUUAUAAAUCUUCACUUCAUACUAUUGGUCUGAAAGGGCUGGGGUACCUGGGAGCCCAACAGUAAAACUGGAGGGCCAUAUCAGUCCCCAUCAGGGCCAGUGGUGGUGGGAGAUACACUCCAAUAUCACCAGGAGGGCCCAGCCCCCACAUUCCUAACAUAGUGCUUUCAUCAGCCCCAUUAUGCCCCCAAGCUGGGCACUUCCUAUUUAUGCAGUGGUAUCUCUGUGGCGCUGUGGUUUAAACCACAGAGCCUAGGACCUGCCAAUCGGAAGGUUAGCAGUUCGAAUCCCUACGACGGGGUGAGCUCCCGUUGCUUGGUUCCCUGCUCCUGCCAACCUAGCAAUUCGAAAGCACACCAGUGCAAGUAGAUAAAUAGGUACCGCUCUGGCAGGAAGGUAAACGGCGUUUCUGUGUGCUGCUCUGGUUCGCCAGAAGCGGCUUAGUCAUGCUGGCCACAUGACCUGGAAACUGUACGCCGGCUCCCUCGGCCAAUAAAGCGAGAUGAGUGCCGCAACCCCAGAGUCGGCCACGACUGGACCUAAUGCUCAGGGGUCCCUUUACCUUUACCUAUCUCCCUCUUGUUUGGAGGGGGAGGGUUAUAUUCAAUGUUAGUCCUACUCCGGGUAGAAUUAUAGAACUGUAGAGUUUGAAGGGACCACAAGGAUCAUCUUGUCCAACUCCUUGCAGUGCAUGCAUCUUUCGCCCACAACCCUGAGAUUAAGAGUCUCAGGCUCAACAAAGGAGCUAUCCUUCAGGACCUCUAUGAACCAAAACGUUUUUGGCGCAGCCUUUGGGGGGGGGGGAGGGGAGGAAAUCCCAGGCCUCAAGAAAGCCCUGGCGUCACAAUUUGGAAGCGAGUAAAUAAUAAAAUAAAAUAAGAUGGAAGUGGAGUCUCUGCGUAUGGUUACGAUGACCCUCUUAGACAGUUCCUCCAGCGGAGCCUACUAAUUGCGCUCUGUGCGCCCGAUGUCUCCCGCACCCCCUUAAAUGUCUCCUUCCUACCGCGGACCCCAAGUCGGUGAGGGCUCCAGUUCCUGCUGCUAAACAAGCCUCCCUCCUCUCUCUCCUCCCCUCCAGGCCACCGGCCCCGAGUGCAGCGCAUCGCCCAGGACCCCCUGACCGGGAAGAGGCGCGCGGGCGCCUCCUGCCCUCCGGAAGAUGGCCGAAAGCGCCGGCACGGCCGCCCCCUCGACGGGGCCCGCGUCCAAAGGCGGCGGCUCGGGCGCCUGGUGGAAAUCGCUGACCAGCAGGAAAAAACCCAAGGAAUCGCCAGCGGCUGCGUGGCCUCCUCGGCAGGUGCCUGAGUCCUCGGAGAUGCUCCCCGCCGCGCCCAGCCCCUCGGACUCUCAAGAGAACCAGCAGCCCAACUCGGGCAGCCGCCGGAACCUUAAGAUCUCCCGCUCGGGCCGCUUCAAGGAGAAGCGGAAAGUGCGCGCCACGCUGCUGGCGGACAGUCCCCAGCAGCUCUUCGAAGGGGCGCCGGGAGCCGCAGCCGGGAACCCCGCCCCGGCGCGCCCCACCGAAGAGACGCCGUGCCAGUGA